AUGGUGUUCACUCCUCAAAAACUUCCACCACUGCUUCUUCUUUUCUGUCUCACACUUUCAUCUUCAGUUCAUGCAAUCACGUAUUCUACCAAGUUAGAGCAACCACAAGUUUCUCACCAACCAUACACUGAAGUUAAGUGUGGAUCAUGCCCUUGCGGAAGUCCCUGCGAUGACCAACUUCUGUCACCUCCUCCUCCACCUCCUUCGCCGCCGCCACCGCUACCACUACCAGAGAUUUCCUCCCCCGAAAUUUGUGAUGAAUCACCGCCGCCGCCGCCACCUCCACGGCUGAGACCACCACCCUCACGACCUCCACCAACCCCGCCGCCGCCGCCAAGGUUCAUAUAUGUAAUCGCUCCUCCGGGUGAUGCAUAUGCAUACUAUUACUCUGCUGCUCAAAACAGAGUUCUGGGGUUGCUGGUUUUGGCUGCUCUGGGAGCACUAUCAGUCACUAUUUUGUUUGGAUAA